UGUGAUCCGAAAAAAGACGAACUUGUACGAAAUACUCAGUAGUGUAUAAAAUAUGAUAUUCUAAUAUUAAUUUAUUUUAUUUUUCAUUAAUAUAAUAUUUAUUAUAUUUCAUGUAAUAUAUAUUAAAUAUUUUGAUCAGUCAAAAUUUUUAUAUGUUUAUAUAUAUAAUAUAUGAUAUAAUUGCGUUAAAUUUUCCUACGUAUAAUUUUAAUUUUUAAUAAAAUUUAUAUAAUAUAUUAAUUUAAAAUUUAGUAAAUUUUUUAUUUUUUAUUUAAAAUUAAAUUAUUAAACUUUUUUAUUUCAUAUAAAAUAGCAAAAUUACUGUGACGCGACAAUAGUAAGUUUAGUGGCGUGGUCACUCGUAGGCGUGGGUAGUUGGAGUAAUUAGAAGUUACGGUUUGUUGCAAGUGUUAAAGUUCUUAUUAAGUGAUCUUCAAUUUUUGAAAGAAUGGUCAAGGAAACAAAUUUUUCUAUUUUAUUAGCAAUAUUAUUCUUUUUUUGUUGCAUUCAAGAAGGAUUAUCUAUCAAAUGCUGGGUAUGCAGGUCUGAUUCAGAUCCAAAAUGUGCAGAUCCAUUUGAUAAUACUACUGUGCCUAUAACUGAUUGCAAACAAGAACCUGAUUUAGAACAUUUGCCAGGUGUGAGACCUACUAUGUGUCGUAAAAUUCGUCAAAAAGUCAAUGGUGUAUGGAGAUAUUUUCGUAGUUGUGCUUACAUGGGGGAACCAGGAAUUGGUGGCGAUGAAAGAUUUUGUCUUAUGAGAACAGGAACAUAUAACAUAUUUAUGGAAUAUUGUACAUGUAACAGUAAAGAUGGCUGUAAUACAGCCUCAUAUAAUCAUGGAAGCAUAUUUGUUUCCAUAAUAGCCUUUGCAAUUUCAUUAAGACAUGUACUUGUUUAUACUUAACAUUUUUAACCAAAGAUUACAUAUAGAUCUAAUUAGAGAAUAUACAUUUGAACAUAUUUUUUUUAUAACAUAAACAUUCACUUGUACUUACUAAUGACAUUCUUUUCGACAAUAAUAUCUUCAGGGAAAUAGUAUAUAUCAUUUCAAACUAAAUUGAUAUUAGAAAGAAUUACUCAAAAAUCAUUUUAUACAAUCAAAUAGCAUUUUAUAAGCAUUUUGUGCCUUACGAGAGAGAUAAUAGUGAACAAAAUAUUCUAAGGCAAUUUUUAGAUAUUUUUUUUAUCUUUUCUCAGAGUAUUGUAAUAUUUUAUAGAAAUAUAUUUUUAUUAAUAUAAUAUACAUUUUAAUAUAAAAAUAUACGUUUGUAUUAUACUUACAUUUUAGACUUUCUUAGUACAAAAAAUGAAUAUUAUAAUCAAGUAUAUUGAAUUUAUAUUAACAUUUAGCAUAUAUAGCAAUAUAAAUAAGACUGUAAAUUCCGUCCAUUAUUAAAUCAUUUAGUAUUAGUAUAAAACAAUUGUGCUUUUGUAUUUUUGUAUCCAUUUGAAAACAUGGUUAAUUAUUAAAUCACAAAAAUAAAAUCAUUGCCUGCAUAAUGCAUCAUUCCUUAUACAUUUUGUACAUGUGUAUGAUAAAAAGAAAUAAAUAAAGAUACAUGGAAAAUA